CGUCAUCACGCAAUGGGUGGCGACGUGGAAAACAUGGAGGACGGUAGUACGUAGAGUAAACUUAGCUGUCUGAAUUACAGCCGUAUUUCACGUAUUUGCCCUGUUUUGAGUUAAACCCGACAAACAACCUAGAGAAAAUUUAUAUUUAGUUUAGAAACAGUUGUACUUUAAAGGAACCGAGAGGCGACGGAGCAACGGAAGCCCCGAAAGGCUUAAAUGACAGAUUUUGUCCCAUGCCCAGUGAAUAACGAGUGAAAAGUGGCUGAAAAGAGCCAGGAAAUAUGGGAGCCAACACCAGCCAGGUCAGGGACCUGUCUGAUAACGCCAGCCUCAAGGCGUUGGUGGGCACGGAGUCGAUAUCUGAAAAUAACCCUUUCUGGAAUCAGCUCAUUUCCUUCACCUUCAUCAGUCCGACCAACAGUGGAGACUCUAAGUUACUAGAAGAGGCUGUUGUUCCUCUGGCCAAAUCCCUCAUUGAAAAUAAUCCCAGAACGGGGAACUUUGGUGCUCUUGUGAGAAUUUUUCUGGGAAGAACCAAAGAGCUGAAAAUUUCUACAGAAUGCAAAGAUCAGUUGUUCAUCUGGCAGGCACACAACGCUCUGUUCAUGAUUCGCUGCCUGCUCAAGGUCUUCAUCAGACAGAUGAGUGAAGACGAGCUGCACCAACAGUUCUCCUACCAGGAGAGGGCACCGGGCUACUGCGCAGAAACGGAGAGUGAGGACCUCCUUGAGGAGCUGCUGUUAAACCUUGUUCACCUGAUUGUUGAAGUGCCCCUGCUAGACAUCACCUACAGCAUCCUGUUUGAAGCUGUGACGACGUUACUAGUGUUCUUCUCCUAUCAGCUCCUCCACAAAGACAUCCUCAGAGAUGGACUAGUUUACCAGCACAUCAUGAAGGGACGAUGGUGGUCUGUGGAGUGUCUUCACACUGGGUGGAGCUGGCAGUAAAGGAGGGGUAGACCAGGAAAACGGUCCCUUACCUUUAUCCAAUCAGAGUCUUCUGUUACUGCUGGUAUUAUCCAAUCUAACAGAUGGGCCUGACUGGCCAAACCCCUAUCGCCAGGCUAUUACUUGUUUCCGAAACACACAAGACACGUCAUCGCUGCCUGUGGAUCAACCUCACAGUUUCCAGAUCAAUUUCAACAGUCUUUAUACAGCUCUGUGUGAGCAGCAACGCUCUGACCAAGCCACUUUACUGCUUUACACUCUGCUCCACCAGAACGCCAACUUGAGGACGUACAUCCUGUCAAGAACUGACAUGGAUAAUCUGGUGUUGCCCAUCCUCGAGAUCCUUUACCAUGUAGAGGAGAGAAAUUCUCAUCAUGUCUACAUGGCCCUUAUUAUUCUCCUCAUUCUUACAGAGGAUGAUGCCUUCAAUCGCUCCAUCCACGAGGUGGUGCUGAAGAACAUUUCCUGGUACACAGAGAGGUCACUGACAGAGAUCUCACUUGGCAGUUUGCUCAUUCUGGUUGUCAUCCGCACCAUCCAGUUCAACAUGACACGGACGAGGGAUAAGUACCUCCACACCAACUGUCUUGCUGCACUUGCCAACAUGUCUGCCCAGUUCCGAUGCCUCCACCAAUACGCUGCCCAGCGCAUCAUCAGUUUAUUUGCUUUGCUUUCCAAAAAGCACAACAAGGUUUUGGAGCAGGCGACACAAUCUCUACAGGGUAGACAGGGAGACAACACUGCCCUGCCAGACUAUGCCCAGGACCUGAAUGUGAUUGAGGAGGUGAUCCGCAUGAUGCUGGAAAUCAUCAACUCCUGCCUGUGCAACUCUCUGCACCACAAUCCCAACCUGGUGUACGCACUGCUUUACAAGCGGGAGCUCUUUGAGCAGUUCCGGAUGCACCCGUCCUUCCAGGACAUCAUGCAGAACCUUGACACGGUGAUUGGAUUUUUCAGUCAGCGUCUGGAGCAGGCUGGAAGUGACCUCUCUGUUGAAAGGGUUCAAGAGGUCAUCAUGAAGGGAGCCCAGGCUCUGCCAAAGGACAGGCUAAAGAAGUUUCCUGAGCUCAAGUUUAAAUAUGUGGAGGAAGACCAACCAGAGGACUUCUUCAUCCCGUACGUCUGGUCGCUGGUCUUCAACUCAGGAGUUGGCCUGUACUGGAACCCUCACGGCAUCGAGCUGUUCAGCAUGGACUCUGGCUGAAAAACAACAAACUUUAUUCUCCUUCAGAACAGAACUAAAGGACUGAUGAUGAUGAUGAUGAUGUGUGUUACUGUUUGUAGUCGGUGCACGCUGCUUUCAAAGUGCCUCGACCUUGUACAUGACGGUGUUCCUCUUUAUGCAGCACAGCCUUGUAUUGUAAUAAUAAUAAUAAUAAUAAUAAUAAUGAUGAUAAGAAUUCCUCUGCUUCUUCACUGUGAAGCUUCAUCUGUGCAGGUGAACACAGUAGCUUCCACUUAUUUACACUGCAACAAAUGCGCAAUUAACAAAAUAUAUCCAUUCAUAUCAUGGCAAGAAACUCAGGUCAGUGGUGAUGGAUGAGCCCGUGUUUUUGUCUUCAUUUUAUUUCCAAACAGGUCAUUUGAAGGAACAUUCAGCAAAAUGUUACACUUUUUUCUGUAAAGAUCCAUGUACCCACAGACUUAUCCUUAAACAUACGUAUGUAUUGUAUUAUACUGACUUUAAAAUAUUAUUAUUGUAACUUUAGGUUUUAUUUAAACCCCAACUGAUUUUUUUAAUGCCGCUGGUUUAUUGUAAAGGGGUUGACGAAUUUUUCUGGUAGAAAGAAAACACUUUAUUUUUUUUAGUUCAAACAUGCAGUCUCAGUGUUGCUGUUUAACAUCCCACAUUCAAGUGCAGUUUAAUUAAAACUUAAUUUCAGUCCCUGGGUAAUAUUAGCUCUGAUUCGUGUGAUUUCAUGGUUGCUUCCAGACCAUUAAUUUGACUUUUGUCAGUCUUUCAUUAGCAUCUUUUCCAGAUGGUAACCCAAAGACAGACACUAACUCUCUUGUUCCUUUUUUUUGAUGCAAAAUGACAACUGCCUCUUCAGUUUGUUGCUGUGUUUGCAUGUUUAACUAAAGACUUAAGUUAUUUAUUUUCACGUAUGUUGUUUUUAUAAAUCUAUAUAUUCAACAACCUUAAAUAUAAAUGGCAGUAGUAGCGAACUGAGUGCUGCUUGAAAAUAAGAAAAACAGUGCAAGUGUAAUUGUUUCCAGGUGGGGAAAGUAGCUUUUUAAUGUAUAACAUGAUGACAACUGUCAUUUUGUGGAACAGUUUCCUUCAAAAACAGGAGUUUAAAUAAAAAUAUCAAAACAAAGCAA